AUGGCUACAAUUCAGAUCUUUCAUACCACUAACAUCAUUCGCAUAGAUAAUUCCAAAUUCAACUUCAUCAACUCAAUUCCUGAACUAAUGCUUAGAGAUGUUCCAACACUCAAGACAGAAAAAGUGAAGGUGUUAAAUGUCAAGCUUGAAAAUGUUACAAGGACGAUCGAUGAGCUUUUAUCUGAGAGAGUUGCUGUAAAAAGUUGUGUUUCUGAUGUGAAAAGCUUGCUUUCCGAUCUCAUUGAAACUCGAGAUACCUUAAUCCCUAUCACUGUUAGGAAGCAUCUAGCAGAUAAGCUUCUUCCCCUGUUCGCGGUGUUAAAUCGACUUGAGGUGCAUAUAUUUUCAUCUCGAAUUACAUCACGAGCCUUGCGUUUAAGUUUCUCGUUUUCAUCUUCCUCAUCGUCUAAGACUUUCUCCUUUCCUCUUGAACCCGAAACUACAUUACCCUUCGCUUUGGGUUCAAGAGGAAAGGAGAAAGUGUUAGACAAUGAAGAAGAGGAAGAAGAUAAAAACAAGAAACUUAAAUUCAAGGCUCGUGAUGAAAUUCAAGAUGAAAAUAUGUGCAUUGCGAGAGAAGCAGAAGAAAAAGAAAAUGAUGAACGUGAAGCUCAAACUGCUUUAGCUGCUAAGAAACUGUUAUUUCCUCCUUGUUCCUUAGAGCGAAUUUUGAACGAAGCAAUUCAUAAUCCGAGCCUUCAUUGGUUGGAGCCAGUUACAUCAUUCAAAGUGGAGAACACUCUUGAUUCGCAACUCAAUUUCCCCAUCACACCAAAAUCAAUAUUAAUUGGAUGUUUUGAUGUGAUUGCGAACGCUCCAUAUUAUGAUGCGAAUGUUUAUAAGUCCUUGAUGUCUUUUUACUUGAUGCAUCUAAGAGUUUCAUUAAUGUUAAAUUCAAAACAACUCACAGUUCUACGAAUUCAGUGUUUGAAUUCUCUCUUGCAGACUUACCAUGCGUGA